AUGUCAGAACCCGUGCCCAACGCCCAGGCCACAGGCUCCAGCUGGUCUGCCUUUCUCAAGUCAAUCGCCUCUUUUAACGGCGACCUGUCCUCCCUGACUGCUCCGCCUUUCAUCCUCUCCUCCACAAGUCUCACCGAGUUCAGCUCCUACUGGUGCGAGCACCCUAGCGUCUUUGCCGCCCCGGCCAGAGAACCGGAUCCCGCCAAGAGAGCCUUGUUGGUGCUCAAGUGGUUCUUGACCACUCUGAAGCAGCAAUACGCGAGCCGGAGCGAACAGUAUGGCAACGAGAAGAAGCCGCUCAAUCCCUUCCUAGGAGAGCUGUUUCUGGGCAAGUGGGAGGAUGACGCAGGCACGACCGUGCUGAUCAGCGAACAAGUAAACCAUCACCCUCCGGCGACCGCAUACAGUAUUACCAACGAGUCCACCAAGGUGCACCUCGAGGGGUACAAUGCCCAAAAGGCCACCUUCUCCAAGACCAUCAACAUCAAACAGAUCGGACAUGCCGUCCUGACCGUGCCAGAUCCUACCCAAGACGGCGCCUUUGACACGUUCUUGAUCACGCUACCGUCGCUCCACGUGGAAGGCCUGAUAUUCGGCGCGCCUUUUAUCGAACUCGAUAGCGCGUCGUACAUCACCUCGUCGACAGGGUACACGGCAAAAAUCGACUACAGCGGUAAGGGCUGGAUAGGCGGCAAGAAGAACUCGUUUACGGCGACGCUGUACCCGACUGGUCAAGAGAAGGACGUGAUCUACAAUUGCUCCGGCCAGUGGACCAAGGCUUUCGAGAUUCACUCGGGCCCGGUGAAGUACAACUCGUCCAAAACGCUGAUCGGUUCGUGGGACCCGGCAGAGACCCCCGCUUCGGGGCUCAUAGUGGCGCCGGUCGAGAAGCAGCACCCGCUCGAGUCACGCCGCGCGUGGGCCAACGUCGCCGUGGGCAUCGCCAAGGGCGACAUGGACUACGUCGGCCGCGAGAAGGCCAAGAUCGAGCAGGCUCAGCGGGCGAUGCGGAAGCAGGAGCAGUCCGAGGGCCGGGAGUGGGAGCGGCGGUACUUCACGGCUCUCCCCGGACCUGACGCUAUCCUCGAGGAGCUAGCGCCAGUAGUAGGACUUAGCGCCAACGGUGACGCGGACAAGACGGGUGGCCUAUGGCGCUUCGACGUCGCGAAGGAGGCCAAGGCCAAGGCGCAGAAGGAGCUCACCGAGGACGAGAAGGCUGACCUAGCGAGCAAGCUGCUCGGCCAGUGA